GAUUGGUGGACGCAGCGCGCAGACACGGAGGCGGAGCUUUUGUACGGGCAGGGGCGAGUGGGGGCUGCGGGUAGGCGGUUCCCUUUGGGGCUCAGAGGGAAGUCCCUGGAUUUCGGGAACAUUCCCAGAAUUCCGCCAUGGCUCCCUCACGCAGCCGCUCCUCCACCCGAAUCCCGCCGUGUAUCCCCAAGCGCCAACUCCCGCCAGGAUAUUCGGAUUCCCUCCUUUUCCUCUGCGCCCGCCGCAUCGUCGCCCACCACCCCCUUCCCAUCCUUCCCGCUCUUCCUGCACACCUCUACCCCAUCCUAUUCCAAGCGGCAUUCCUGGAUGGAAGACCCCUGGUCCUGCGGGAUUUGGUGGCCGCUUGGCCUUUCCCAGUGCUCAAUUUCCAGCGGCUCGUGGGGCGCCGGGAAUUGCUCCGGGAUCACCCCUGCAAGCUCUGCGUCCAGGCCGUCAUCCUGGCUGUGGUGGCGCAGCUCCGGCGGGAGCUGGAAGAGCCUGGCCACCAUUCCAGCGGGUGCCGCCUGCGCGUGCUGGACGUGACAGGAGUUCCGGACGAUCCAGCUGGCCGCGCUCCAGACGGAAUGAGCGUCUGGUCCGGCACUGUGGCUUUGGCCAAGGCUUGUGUGGAAGUGUCCAAGCACCAGAGGGAAUUCCAGAGGCGCGGGUCCAAGCGGCACAAAGGCCGCUCCGGAGCCGCCACAGCUGCGGCUGCUCCGCAGCCCCCAGGCGUAGACGUCCAUGCGGACCUGUUUGUCAACGGAACAUCCUACGGGAUCCUGCGCGAGGCGCUCCAGACCGGAGCCGCCGGCCCACUGCGCCUCAAGUGCCGUGAAUUCCAAGCAGAAAAACUCUCUCUGGCCGGCAUUGUGAGCCUGUUGGAAUCUCUAGAUCCUUCCUGUGUGCGGAGGGUGGAUCUGCGCUUCCGGAAUUUGGGAUUAACCGGACUCUCGGUGAUCCUGCCGCACCUCUCGCGCUUCCCAGAACUGCGCAGCCUCAAGCUCCAGUACAGCAACGUGGACGUGCGGCGCCCGACGCCUGAAUCGGCCAUCGGAAUACGCUGCCUGGCCGGGCAGCUGGGAAUGCUGCCCAGCCUCCGGGAGCUCAACCUGGGAUCCUCCCGGCUCUCUGGGAAUCUGCGCCAGAUCCUCUGUGACCUCCAGGCUCCAUUGGAAAGCUUGGAAUUGGCCUUCUGCUCCCUCGUUCCCGCCGACCUCGCCUUCCUCUCCCAAAGUUUCCACGCUCCGGCCCUCAAAAGGUUGGAUCUGAGCGGCCAUGACUUCUCCCAAGGCCUCCUGGAGCCGCUGCGGCUGCUCCUGGAGGAAACCUCGGCCUCGCUGUUGCACCUGGAUCUCAUGGAAUGCCGCAUGGCUGAUUCCCACCUGGAUGCACUGCUCCCAACACUCCGGCGCUGCUCCCGCCUGCGAUUCCUGGGACUCUACGGCAAUUCCCUGUCCACAGCUGCACUCAAAGAUCUGCUCCAGAAAACCUUGGAGCUGGUGGAUCUCCACCUGGUCGUGUAUCCCUUCCCUGUGGAUUGCUACAAGCCGGAGCCUCCGCGCCGAGUCCCGGGAUCCCGGCGGAUUUAUGAGGAACCCAUGGAUGGGGAACGUUUGGCAGCUGCCACUGCAGAGAUUUCCCAGCUGCUGGCUAAUUCUGGGAGAACCGAUCUCGUCUGGACUUACAAUCCCUACGGCCACGGAGCCCUGGACUACUUCUCCUUGUGACUUGAGAAAACCUUGGAGGCGGGAAAAGCUCAGAGCUUCCAUCAUGGAAAAGUGCCGCUGCCUCCUUCCUAAAAUCCAUGCGUUUUCCUCCUCAUACCGGUGCUUUUCUGCCUCAUUCCAGUGGCUUUUUCCUUUCAUUUUGGUGCUUUUCUGCCUGGUUUUGUUAGUUGUCCACCUCAUCCCAAUGUUUUUCUGCCCCAUCCCAAGAUUUUUCCGUGAUUUCGAAGCUUUUCUGCCACGUUUUGAGGGUUUUCCUCCCCAUCUCAAUAGUUUCCCCCUAAUCCCAAUAUUUUCCCCCUCAUACCAGUAUUUUUCUGCCUCAUCCCAAUAUUUUUCCAUCCGAUUUCAUGAUUUUUCCAGCCCAUCCUGGUGGUUUUUUGGUUAGGAUUGGUUUUGUACGGCCAUAUUCCUGGAGGCUCUGGGACUGAAUUCCACAAGAAGCUGCCGGAAGGUUCUCCCGUGUCUGGCCAAUCCUCUCGGGAACAGCAGCAAAAUCUCUGGAAUAAGAAUUAAGACAGAAGAAAUCAAUCAUAGCACAGCUGGAAUUCCAGAGCAGCAAUUUGGGAAAGGAAUUACUCCAGAGAUCAUUCCAAGGUGCUGGAGUGGAAAUUCCCAAAAUUCCGUGGUGCAUCCAAAGGGAAGCUCAUCCUAGAACUGGAUCUUUGCAAGGACCUGCGGAUCCAAAAAAGGAGCAGAUUCCUAACAGGAAUCCCACAGAGGAAAACCCUUUGGAGCAGGAUAUUGCUGACCUAUUGACCCUUUGGAAAAGUUCAUGAGGAAUUGUCUUCCAUGGGAAUGACACAUUGG